UGCACCGGCAGCGCCCUGCGCUGCUGCCCCGUCGGUGCCGAGAGACAGCUAAAAGCCCAGCAGCAGAGGGGACCGGCUUCCCAGGAGCUCACAGCCUUGAAGACAGAGAAUGCCAAUGCCUCCCUGCUUCCUGAGGAUGGGGAGAAGGCAGCGCGGCCGGAGGAGUGGACGGACAGCGCGAGAUUCCUCCAAGGCCAGGAGGAGGAGGGGGAAGAGCGGCUGCAGGAUGCCGGCCGGGCAGGCACUUCCAGCAUCUCCCAGGACAUUGAGAUCCAGGUGGAAAAGGGAAAAGAGCUGGAGCUGAAGGAACAGCUUGAUGCCCUGAGGAGAGAGCACAUGGAAGCCCUGCAAGAGCUCCAGAGAGCAUAUGAGCAGGAGAAGCUGCUGCUGACAGAGUCCCACCACAGAUCUGAGGCAGCCUUACAGGAGACAAUUCAGGUACUGAAUUCCCAGCUGCAAUCCUUCCAGGAGAGGAUGAAGCGGGUGGAGGAGUCACUCUUGAGAACAGACUACAAGAAGCACAUCCAGGAGCACGGGAGCCCCAGCCCCUUCUGGGAGCAGGAGCUGGAGAGCCUGCACUUCGUCAUCGAGAUGAAGAACGAGCACAUCCACGGCCUGGACAAGAAGCUGCUGCACCUGAAGAACGUGGAGGAGAGGAACCUUCUGCUGGAGGAGAAGGUGAAAACUCUCCAGCAGGAGAACGAGGACCUGCAAGUUCGCACCCAGAACCACUUGGUCAUGGCGAGGCAGCUGUCCGAGGAGCUGCAGGCCGCCCGAGGGGCGCUGGAGAAGGAGGCGCAGCUGCUGGAGCAGGCUCGCCGGGAGAAGGAGGAGCUGCUGUACCGUGUGCUCAAGGCGGGGGACGGCAGCCCCUUCCCCAUGGCUGCCGGCGAGGUGCCCCUCAUCGCCACGUAGCAGCGGGGGCACCGCGCUCUGCCGGGGACUGCCGGGGCUCCCCCGCAGCCCUGCGAGCCCCGGGGCUGCUCCCACGAGUGCCCCCAGCCGGGGCAGGGCUCCGGGCUGGCCGAGCCUCACGGACCGGAGUGAUGGAGCCAUUCACGGGACACUCACGCCUGCAUUUCCCCAGCCCGUGGGGGGCUGCAGAGGGACUCUGGCCCCCCACCCACGCAGUCCCUGCAGCCCUUCCUCCGGUGAGGGCUGGCUGGGGGUGAAAGGGGUCAGCCAGGACACGCAGACUUGCAUUGGGCCGGACCCGACCCAGCACUUGGCUCUGAGUACAGACAGCAGCAGGGCUGCCCCAGGGCACGAGGACGAUGAGGCCACUAGGACAGGAUGGGGACGAGCAUCAGGAGGAUGAGGAGGGCACUGAGGACAUGGUGUUAACCUCAGCAGGCAGGGCUCCUACCCAUACCCUCCUAUUCCCAUCACCUCUACCUUCAGCAAACAUCUCCCAGGUAUUGCUCCUGCAGCUCAGGUGUGUCCCAGCUCACUGCCACGAAGACCCCAAGCCCUACUUGUCCCUGCUGACCAUCAGCAGCACCACCAGUCCCAUCUGCUCCCCCAAAAGCUGGACAGAGGCUGGAGCUGCACAUUCAGGGAGGAAAGCAUCCUCCCAGGGGGUAUCAGGCUUUGGCACAUCACAUCCCUCUGCUCGAGCUGAUGCAUCCCCAGCAGGGAAGGUGCUGCCAGCAUGGCUGUGGGUCAGGGCUGGAUGCACACAAGCACUUUCCCCUGAGUGUGGUGGGAGUCACUGCUCUGGGGCUGUCACAGGCCUGUCCCCCUCCCAGGGCUGUUUAGCCAGGGCUCUGUGUGUGUGUGUGUGUCUGUGUGUGUGUGUGUGUGUCUGUGUGUGUGUGUGUGAGAGUAUGGGGGUGUGUGUGUGUGUGUGUCUGUGUGUGUGAGUAUGGAGGUGUGUGUGUGUGUGUGUGUGUGUGUGCUGGCUGUAACGAUUACAAAUCUGUAAGAAGCAGCAGCCUCAGGAAUCCCAUGGCAGUGGUUUGGGGGACUGCUGCAGGAGCGUCCCAGAGUGGGGCUGUGUGUUCCACACCCCAUACAGUGGGAAGAAGGGGAAGGGUGGGAGCUGGGACCACAAAGACUCUUUUGAGUCUGAAGCUCCAGAUGAGGCCCUUAAGGCCAAUCCCCAUUUUCCUGCUCCUUUCCUCUUUUCCUUCAUUUCAAUGGGCUCCCAGCUCAGGGCAGACCUGGACCCUCCCAGCAUCAGGGCCACUGCAACAGCCACUUCCGUCCUUUGUGCUGACCCUUAUCAUGAACAGAGCAGCUGAACAGGCAGCCAGGAUAGAUGUGGGGUCCAGCUCUUACCCACACACCUCCAUGGAGUGGCCAGAGGGGGAAAUGGGGAGCCUGCUGUGUCAGAGCCAUGUCCCACCAGGGCACCCUCUGCUCCACACAUCAUCUGUGCCUCCCCCUGGUGCUGUAGCACCAAAGCAGGGGAUGCCCCAAAAUCCUGCCUGGUUAUGGCUCAAGGGAUUAGGAUUUCUGGACAAAGGGAUAUGAGGCUGUGGGGUCUGGGAUCCUGCUCUGGACACCUGAUACCAUGUCCCAGUGCCCCAAAGGCAGAUCCUGCGUGGGACUUGGAAGAAUGUGCCCAACUCUGGGAAAGGGGACACUGGGAACUGAGGAGGAGGAAUAAAUGAGUGCAGAAAAGAACUUGCACACUAUGAAGACGGAAAA